AUGGAGGAAGAACAUAUAGAUACCCACCAAUUUUUGCAGUUUCAGAAUCCUCAAAACAGUUAUUAUUCAAAUUCAAAUGUAAGUAAUGAACAAUUAAAUAAAGUAGAAGUAGUUCAACCCAAACAGAAAAACAAACGCCCUCGAAAUUCAAGCCCUGUACCCGGAGAUCCAUCUACUGCUCCGAUAACCCAUCAAAGGAGGUUAUGGGUUAAGGAUAGAUCCAAAGAUUGGUGGGAAAAAUGCAGUCAUCCUGAUUUUCCAGAAGAGGAAUUCAAAAAAUCAUUUAAAAUGAGUAAAGCUACAUUCAACAUGAUUUGUGAUGAAUUAGACCCUGUAAUUACCAAAAAGGAUACCAUGUUGCGAGCAGCAAUACCCGAUCAUCAACGGGUCGCUGUCUGUAUAUGGCGGUUUGCUACCGAAGAACCGCUUCGACUCGUUUCAAAACGGUUCGGGUUAGGGAUUUCAACCUGCCAUAAACUUGUAUUAGAAGUCUGUUCCGCCAUUAAAACAGUAAUGAUGCCGAGGUUUAUUCAAUGGCCUGAUGAAAUUUGCAAUCUUUUUCUCACUUAA